UGAAUAAUAUUCAGACCGUGUUUAAAGUCGGCAGGCUGAUUUGCUUAAUAUACGUAGUGCAAUACGCAUUACGCAUAAUCUGUUAUCUAGAAAUUUUACGGCUCUCUCCUACAGUAUUGUAUUUUACGCGUCAUAUUGUUUUUUUCGAAUUAUCUAUAUCGGCAACGCUGCAGUUUUUUUAUAUUUCCAGUAUUUUUUCGCAUGUACAUUUGAAUUGGUCUGCUUCUAAGUCUGAGCUUUGUGGUUAGAAAUUGUACAGAAUGGUUGCAGUCAACAGGAAAGACGGUGGAAUGUUGGAGUUAGCUGAUACGACUGCCAACGGGAAGAAUGAUGAAGAAAGUAAAAGGAAGAAGGCUAAACUACUCAAGAAGCUAAAGGAACAGGAAGGCUUAGCUAAUGCCAAUAACGCGGUGAUGGUCCGUGAUAGGAGACGGCCAAGAAAAAGCAUCAAAGAAAUGAGUGUCCUAAAUAAAAGGAGGCGAGUUAUAAAAAAUACUGCGAGAAAGGAAAUUGCUCAGCAGAAAGCUACAUUGGAGAGCAUGCGUCACAUUGAGCUAAAGCGUUACUCUUUGGAGGCCAGGGAGUUGGAGCUGUUUGUAGAGAGAGUUCAGAAGGUUAAAGAAAACAAGCGCCUCACAAUGCUGUUCGCAAAAUUCAAAGUAGAGGACUCAGAUGAUAGUGACAAUGCUAGUGCAGUUGGAGGGAGGAACGACAACAAGUCAGCUUCUAACACUUCAAAUCAGGAUGGGGACCAAGCCUCAGAUACUACCUCCGGGGACAAGAAGACAGAGAGCAUGAAUAACCUGUUAGAUGAGCUUAAUAAUAUGUCUAAUAUGAUAGACUUUGAGAAGAACCCCCAGUGGAAAUAUAUCAUGCAGGGACAGAACAAGGAACCAGUGAAGAAGGAGACCAGUGAGCAAGGUUCCCCAGAGCCAGUCAGUGAAAAGAAAAGUCCUGUGUUGUUCGGGAGUAGGUUUAAAAGGGGUCAGGCUUUGGAGGCCCCUGCGGAGCUGCAGACCAUCAAUAGGUUUCCCAGCAUCGGAAACGGCAAGAUAACCUCUAAAGACGACAGUGAACUGAAAGGGUACGGAGGAGCAGGUAGUGUGAGGAGGUGUGCCAGUCAACCUGUUAUCACAAACAACUCCUCCCCUGGCAACAAACCUAGACAGAGGAGGAUCUCUUAUGAUGUCAUACCCAGUAUGCCAACACUCUACAGUGAUGUGGAACUCAGUACUAGAGACAACACUGUGGAACAAAUUGACAGCAGAGCUGAAUCGUUCAUGGAGGAGUCUAUUAGACCCAAGCCGCCUUACCAUACGAACUGGAGAGAACGUGAGAAGAGGGGUGACUCCCUUUACUCCCCUGUAGCUCUCUCACCCAUACAGAGUGGUCUCUUUAGUCCUGACUUCAUCAUGGACGAGGACGAACUCACUGCUAACUACAGGAAGAAGAUCAACCCUAAAAAGUUCCAACAGGGGCUUGCCAGCAGUGCAGGAGAUAUGGAGUUCAGUCAGGCUAUGACCAAGAUGCCUUCUAAACAGAACAAGCAGGUCGCUUACACUGGAACUGAAUCAAUUAUCGAGAUGCAGCUGAACUCGAAGACGAAGCACAUUGCUGACAAGGUUUCUAAGGUGAGAGCAGAGACGAUAAGACCAACUAAGAAAGCUAAGGAUCAAGGAGCUAAGAACAUAGCUCAGAUAAUCCAUCAAAGUGGCGAGGGUACUAGGUUUAUUGAAGAGUUGAAAAUCCUACGGUCGUUUGCAUCACUUUGCAACUGCAAAUAUCUUCGAACAGAUCCCGAGCGAUUGGAUGAAAGACGAAAUGCUUAUAUUGAGACUCUUAUGGAUAACGUAUCCAAACGUGUUCAAAUUAGAAACAAAUGGAAGAUGGGUAUGCGAAGUUUCAAACUACCAAGUCAGGGUGCAGCCCUACCUCAACCAGUCGGUAUUUCCCUUCCCAUCAUAUCACAGGGAGGACAGGGAGAAUGAGAGGACAAUUAUCCGACAAUCUUAGAUAUCAAUGUAGUGCUUUAUCGAAAGAUGAUACUUUUGAAGUUUCAUGAGUUUAGUCAGAGGAAGCAGGUUUCGAGUGAUUCUUUUUUAAAGACCGUGUGAUCAGCUUUUAGUUGAGGAAAAUAAUGUCUCGAUUGAAAAUAAUUGAAAACACAGGCCAAAAAUCAUGGAUAAUGCCAUGCAGACGAGUUGCACUAACAGAGUGGAAACAUUUGGACCAGCACGUAGCAUUGUUUAACCUUUUUCACUACGGUUGUUGCUCUAAAAUUCUGCAAUCAUUAUCUCGUUGGAAAUCUACCUGUUUGUGAGCGUUUUUGUAUCAAAAAUGGGAAACGGAAUUGUUAAAACCGUUUUACAUCGUUGAGUCACUGUUUUGGUGUCGAUGCAAGAACCAGAUAACUGAAUGAACCUAAGUUAUACCAUGGUCAUCUUGACGGAACUGAAGCGUGGGAAUUUUCUGAUAAAGAAUGCGAUAUUGAAGACAGUUAUUCAAUUAUUUGAAGUUGAAUGUUUUUUGCGAAACAAACCGAAAAAAACAAUCGUUCGACUAUAUACCAUGAUCAUUGAUCCUGUCAUCAUAAACGUCUGAAUUAAUUUAAUAAUAUGAAGACUUAUCUUGGCUGUCUGGCUGAAGAUUUAAGAGCUAGAGUUUUUAUUAUACUUCUUGUAAAAUCUUUCAUCAAUUUAAAUAUCAAGUUCAAAUGGCUGACACCUUGAUGAUGAUCGUAUCAUGAACUGAAUGUAAUUACAAUAUAACUGUCGAUAGUUUUAAAACCGUGUGGUCGCUUUGAAGAAUGUUUUUAAUAAUUGUAGUUUGUGAAUACAAAUGAUAGAUCAAUCCCAA